CAGCCUCCCCGGCCAUGCCUUUCCGCCUCCAUGCAGCCGCCCUUCCCCUCGCACUGCUCCCUCUUAUUCUGGCUAUUGUGUAUAAUCUCCGCGCAGCCGCCUCACUCUAAUCAAGAAGAUUAGAGAUUCUUGCGCGUCCGGAAAUCCCAAUUCCCCCCCCCCUCUCUUCUUCUCCCCCUCCUCCACCCUGGUACACCCCCUCAUCCAUCUCACCUCUCACCUGCCUGCUAAAAGUCCCCUAUGGACCGUCCUCCUCCCCGGCCGGCCCUUUUCCCGUCUCCCCUCUCCGUUCUUCAUCCCCUGGCCGCUGCCAUUGCUCCCAGCCCGGCCGCUCUCCUCCUCCCCCUCUCAUCAUGUCUCUCCUCCUCCUCCUCCUCUGUCUCUCUCCCAGGACGUCGGCUGAUCCGGGGCCGCCAGGGAAGGGCUUGGGGCUGCGGGAAGGGAGCCGGUGGCCUGCCUGCUGUUAUUUUGUAUUAAAAUGAGGAGGAGGAAGAAGAAGCAGCAGCAGCACAGCACCGGAGGCAUCCGCAGCAGCAGCAGCAGCAUCCUUAUUAACGAGAGCGCAGAGAACGGCGGCAGGAGCAGGAGGAGGAGGAGGAGUGAUGAGUCAAUACAACUAAUAAUUUAAUGGGGACACACAAAACGCAGAGAGAGAGAGAGAGGAGAGAGAGAGGCGGCUCUGGACAAACACAACAGACACACACACACUGUGCUGACACAUCGGAGGAAACAACAAGACCAACACAACAACAACAAGACCAAUAUACAAGACCAAUACACAACAACAAGACCAAUACAACAAGAAGCAGAAGAAGUCAUGGUGCCCAUUUUUGAAUAAUGCAUGAAGAUCUGGAGGAGCCCGGCAGCCUGAUCCCAGCCACUCUCCGUCCCCAUUCAUCCCUGUGAUUUGGCCCCCCGUUUGUUUCGCUCCCACCCCUCCCAUCUACUUAUACAUGGAGACAUCGCCGCUCCUCCACCUGUCAACUCAGUAAAAGUGGCAGCGCUGCUCCUCUUCUUCUUUAUUCCGGGAAGAAACUUUCUACAAAAGAGGGGAGAUGACAUCUUCUCUAUGACAUCCGCAGUCCUCUGAUCCCUCCAAUCGAUCGCUACCCCCCCCCCCACCCCCCCUUUAUUUUUUCUUCCACUAUGACUUGAUUGCCAGCUUCCUGGACAAGACCUUCUCCAGCUGAUGAAAGAUUAAUGCACUUUUCUUCAUCUCCCCCCCUUCCUUGUUUUAGCCAUGCUUUAAUUAGCACUGACUGUUUAUUAUUUAUUAUUCUUAUGACUUGACGUUUUUUCCCACCUGCCCUUCCCCCCUUGUUCUGGGGGAGGCCAUGAACACACAAACAUAAAAUCUAGAAAGGAGGAUACAAAUAUUAUUAAAAGUCAGCAGUAGAUCUGCCAGGUGUCUGUGCCUCCACCAGGAAGCUGCCUGUCCCCAAACAAUUUCUAUGCUGUGUCAAGUUGUGAAGUGCCAGGUGAUCCUUAGAGGCGGGACUGAGCAUGGAUCAUUCGAACGAGAAAACUCAGGGGAUAGAACAUUCAGAAAUGUCUAACAAUGUAAGCGAUCCAAAAGGUCCGCCAGCCAAAAUAGCCCGCCUUGAGCAGAAUGGAAGUCCUCUAGGAAGAGGAAGAGCUGGAAGCAUAGGAGGAAAAAUGCAAGGGGUGCCUCUUAGACAUUCCGCUCAUAUGAUGAGGUCCAGUAUCCGAAAAGGAAACAUGCUUCCGGUUUUUUGCGUGGUGGAACAUUAUGAAAAUUUCAUUGAGUAUGACUGCAAAGAGGAGCAUGCAGAGUUUGUAUUGGUUAGGAAGGACAUGCUUUUUAACCAGUUGAUUGAAAUGGCUCUACUGUCCCUUGGAUAUUCUCACAGCGCAGCUGCCCAAGCCAAAGGGCUGAUCCAAGUUGGUAAAUGGAAUCCAGUUCCACUUUCCUGUGUUACAGAUGCUCCUGAUGCCACUGUAGCAGAUAUGCUACAAGAUGUGUUUCAUGUGGUCACACUGAAAAUACAACUACAUAGUUGCCCCAAACUUGAAGACUUGCCUCCUGAGCAAUGGUCCCACAUAACAGUACGUAACGCUCUGAAGGACCUGCUGAAAGAUAUGAAUCAGAGUUCACUGGCUAAGGAAUGUCCUCUGUCCCAGAGUAUGAUUUCUUCCAUUGUGAACAGCACUUACUAUGCAAAUGUCUCAGCAGCAAAAUGUCAAGAAUUUGGAAGGUGGUAUAAACAUUUCAAGAAGACAAGAGAUAUGAUGGUUGACAUGGAUGACGAGUUAUCUCAACAAAAUUCAAAUCAUGUGAACUUUGGUCAGCAGCCUGUGCCCGGUACCCCCGAAAAACCUUCUUCUCCAGUACAGCACUCUAUGAGCAGUCAGCCACCUGUCCGGACACCACUUCCUAACUUGCAUCCUGGACUUGUAUCUGCUCCCAUCAGCCCUCAGUUAGUCAAUCAGCAGCUGGUGAUGGCUCAGUUACUGAACCAGCAAUACGCAGUCAACAGACUUUUAGCCCAGCAGUCCUUAAACCAGCAGUACUUGAACCACCCUCCUCCAGUCAGUCGAUCAAUGAACAAGCCUAUGGAGCAACAAGUCUCACCCAACACAGAGGUGUCUUCCGAUGUCUACCAGUGGGUACGCGACGAACUGAAGCGGGCAGGAAUCUCGCAGGCAGUAUUUGCACGUGUGGCUUUCAACCGAACUCAGAUAGCUCUCCCCCACGCUCCGAUGGUGGACUACUUCUUGGCUUCCUCACGUCCAUUGCAGGGCUUUGGACCCUGCAUCAGUCUUGAUGACGUCAGGACCUGGUGGAGAAUGGGGAAGAAGACGCUGCGGGACCAGUCCAGCAGCGCAGAGGAUCGGGGCUUGCUCUCCGAAAUAUUAAGAAAGGAAGAAGAUCCUAAAACAGCAUCACAAUCCCUACUGGUAAAUCUGCGAGCAAUGCAAAAUUUCUUGCAGUUGCCAGAGGCUGAAAGAGACCGAAUUUACCAGGAUGAAAGAGAAAGAAGCCUCAAUGCUGCAUCCACUAUGGGCCCAGCUCCUUUGAUCAGCACACCCCCAGCACGUCCUCCACAGAACUGCUCAAGUUCAGUUAAAUUUGAUGGUGACCGUUUGUGGACUGAAGUCUUCAAGUCAUCAAAAUUACCACGGCUGAUCACAGUUGAAAGUCAAAUGGCUUUGUGGGCCAUUGAGAAGGUCAAGGCAGCGACUAUUGCAACAGAGAGAAACGGAAGCCUGGAAAACUGCAGCAUGAAUAUUAAUGCUUCCAUUUAUGACGAUAUCCAGCAGGAAAUGAAAAGAGCUAAAGUAUCCCAAGCUCUAUUUGCAAAGGUUGCAGCUUCCAAAAGCCAGGGCUGGUUAUGUGAACUUCUGAGGUGGAAAGAAGACCCAUCGCCAGAAAACAGGACUCUUUGGGAGAAUCUCUCCAUGAUUCGCAGGUUUCUGAGUCUUCCGCAAACAGAAAGAGAUGUGAUUUAUGAACAAGAGAGCAAUGCAGUUCAUCAGCAUAGUGAACGGCCAUCACAUAUGAUCCAUGUGUCCCCAGAGCACAUUCAGCAGCAACAACAGCAGCAGCAACAGCAACAGCAGCAGCCCCAACCACAGCAGCAGCCUCCACCACCUCAGCCACCAGGCCCUAGACUUCCACCCAGACAGCCUACUGUGGCAUCUCCAGCGGAAUCAGAGGAAGAAAACCGCCAACAAACCCGUCCCAGAACAAAAAUCUCUGUGGAGGCCUUGGGGAUUUUACAGAGCUUCAUUCAAGACGUCGGACUUUACCCAGACGAAGAAGCCAUUCAAACUUUAUCCGCUCAGCUCGACCUGCCCAAAUAUACAAUUAUCAAGUUUUUCCAGAAUCAGCGCUACUAUUUAAAACACCAUGGGAAGCUGAAAGACAAUUCUGGUUUAGAGGUAGAUGUUGCCGAUUAUGAAGAUGAGGAGAUGUCCAAGGAAUUUGAUGGGGAAACCCAGGACAAAAAUAUUAGUACACUGUUUUCUGUAAAGCUUGAAGAUAAUAUAACUGGAGAAAGAAACACAGACAUCACUGCAGACCUGAAUAACUUGUCAUAAAGUAUUAUUAUUUUAUCCCAAUGUUCCACUGGCAUUACUGAUUCCAAUUCCAUCCUAUAUACUGUCUGUAACACAUUAUUGUACAUUGUGUGGCCAACAAAUGGUGGAAAAGAAAAGGAACUUGCACAAAAAAGACAAAGGAGAUGAUGCAGACAUUAUUUAAAUGUUUUACUGUAUCUAUAAACUUUUUUUAGCUCCAGAGGAGACAAUGGACAUUAUUUUGAAGUCGGUGUUCACUGGAUAAGCCACAACAUACUUGACAAGCAUGAUGCUUAGUGCAGGCAGAUUGAAAGCUGGAGUCUUGAAACAAGCAUAGAAACCUUCAAUGGUUUUUUGUUUUCUGUUUUCCUGUUCCUGUACACACACUUGAUCUUCAGAGAGCCACGCUUAUAUAUAAAUAGGAGAGUAUGUUACUCUUGCACAGUCAUAGGGUACAGAAGAGCUCUGUACUGUUGGAUGCAGUUUAAAUUGAUAACAUGCCAACAAAUGCCUUGUGUUAUAUGGCACUGCCGUAAAUUUAGACUUUUUUGUUUUCUUUUUAGAAAUAAAGGUCACUGUACUUUUUUAAUUUUCCUUUCAUUUUCAUUUAUUGCUUACAGAAGGAAGAAUAUGUGAUUGUUUGGUCCCAUUAUCUGUAGAUUCUGCAGCAUCAUGUUGUAAUUAUUUUUGGGGGGGACUAUUUUUAUUUUUACUUUAUUUUUGUUGUAAUAUUGCUUACCUUUGUUACCAUACUGAUUUUGUUUUCUAUUUAUAUAUGUAUUUUGAUGGGCAGUAAAACAAAGUGUCUUAAAAGUUUUAAAUAGAGAAAAAUGUGCUUUACAGAGUUGCCUAUAAAAAGUGCUCUAUGUUAUUCAAGCAAUUCAUACUAUAAGCUUCACUCUUAUUGUGGUAUGCAAUUUUUACUAUCAUGCAAACAAGCUUAGGUAAAUAAAACAAUAGAUCACCUUAGAAACUUAUGCAAUUAAUGUGAAAAAAUAAUUGAUGUGUGCAAUGUGUCUUCCCUUGGUUUACAAUCAAUUUUCAAGCUACAUCUGUACAAAGUUUAUGUAUAAAGGUGUAUUUCUUUUUUAUUGAGUUUAUGCCUAUGAAAACACCAGUUAUUUUGUUACGGCUGGCUGUUUUUAUAAAUGUAUCACAGUUUUUCUUUAUGCAAAGAUGUUCUGACUAGAAGUGGUUAUUGACUGUAACUACACAAUUAAAAAAUUGUUUGUAUGGUAAGAUAU